AUGGGACGACCACCCAACAUUCUCCUUCGCAUGGUGGUGUUCAUGGUGAUGUUGACAGUAUCAGCCCAAGACCUUGAUAUCACUUCAUACCAGUCUGGCACUACCUCAUACCAGAUCAAUAAUACCUUGGAACAAAUUCAAGACCCUUUAUCCCAAACUGAUACAACCUCCUACAAGACUGCCAUCUCAUACGCGAAUGAUACCACUUCAAGUACAACCGGCACCAUCUCUUAUCAGAUUAACACCUCUUACCAGAUUGAUACUGUACCAUACCCAGCUGUUCCCACCUCAUACACGAGUGUUACCUCCACAUACCCAAGUCUUACCACGUCAUAUCCAACAACUGAUACAACACAUACCACUCUGACCUUCUUCCCAAUUAUUACAACUACAUUCCAGACUGAUAAAACAACAUAUACUAUUCCAACCUCAUUCCCAAUCAUUACAACCACAUCCUCAUAUACAACUUUACAAACCUCAUAUCUGAUAGACACAACUAAUGUAACCUCAUUUCCAACUGUCACACUUUCACACCUGACUGAAAUAACCUCACAUCCAACUAUCACACUCUCACACCUGACUGAUGUUAUAACCUCACAUCCAACUGUCACACUCUCACACCUGACUGAUGUUAUAACCUCACAUCCAACUGUCACACUCUCACACCUGACUGAUGUUAUAACCUCACAUCCAACUGUCACACUGUCACACCUGACUGAUGUUAUAACCUCACAUCCAACUGUCACACUCCACCUGACUGAUGUUAUAUCCUCACAUCCAACUGUCACACUCUCACACCUGACUGAUGUUAUAACCUCACAUCCAACUGUCACACUCCACCUGACUGAUGUUAUAACCUCACAUCCAACUGUCACACUCCACCUGACUGAUGUUAUAUCCUCACAUCCAACUGUCACACUCUCACACCUGACUGAUGUUAUAACCUCACAUCCAACUGUCACACUCUCACACCUGACUGAUGUUAUAACCUCACAUCCAACUGUCACACUCUCACACCUGACUGAUGUUAUAACCUCACAUCCAACUGUCACACUCUCACACCUGACUGAUGUUAUAACCUCACAUCCAACUGUCACACUCUCACACCUGACUGAUGUUAUAACCUCACAUCCAACUGUCACACUCCACCUGACUGAUGUUAUAACCUCACAUCCAACUGUCACACUCUCACACCUGACUGAUGUUAUAACCUCACAUCCAACUGUCACACUCCACCUGACUGAUGUUAUAACCUCACAUCCAACUGUCACACUCUCACACCUGACUGAUGUUAUAACCUCACAUCCAACUGUCACACUCUCACACCUGACUGAUGUUAUAACCUCACAUCCAACUGUCACACUCUCACACCUGACUGAUGUUAUAACCUCACAUCCAACUGUCACACUCUCACACCUGACUGAUGUUAUAACCUCACAUCCAACUGUCACACUCUCAUACCUGACUGACAUAACCUCACAUCCAACUGUCACACUCUCACACCUGACUGAUAUAACCACACCCCCAAUAAUUACACUUACAUACCCAACUGUUACCACCUCAUACCAACCUUAUACUUCUUUAUACACAACUGUUACCACACCGUGCCUGACUUAUACCACCUUAUUACAUCCUUAUACCUCCUCAUACCAAACUGAUAUACCACCAUUACAGACUGUUACCACAUCAUUCUAUAACACCACAUAUUCAACAUAUACCAUCCCACACCUUACUACUUCAUACCCAGCUGUUACCACCAUAUAUACGACUAUUACCACUUCAUAUCCCACUGUUACCACCUCAUACCUGACUGAUACAACUUCAUACCCGAUAACUAUCACUACAUAUACAACUAUAACCACUUCAUAUCCUGCUGUUUCCACAUAUCCGAGUGAUACCUCAUAUCCAACCAAUGUCAUCUCCUACACAUCCUUAUUAGACCCGAUUUUUACCAGCUUGUAUGUGACUGAUAUCACCUCAUAUCCAACUGUUGCCACAAUAUAUACAACUAGUACCACCUCAUACCCAAUUAUUAACACCAUAUAUAAGACAGUUACCACUUCAUACCCGGCUAUUACUACCUUAUACACAACUGAUAUCAGCUCAUACUUAACUGAUACUACCAUAUACCUGACUGAUGAUAUUUCAUACCUGACCGAUAAUUCAUACCUGACUGAUACCUCACACUUGACUGAUACCACCACAUCUCCAACUUUUGUCAACUCCAAUCCAACUGAUACUACUAUAUAUCCGACUGACACCUCAUUCCCAUCUGAUAUCACCUCAUACGAGAUUGAUGUUCUCUCAUAUAACUCUCAUGGUACUACAUAUGAGAUGAAUCUCCCCUCAUACCAAGCUCUUACCACAUACCAAACUGAUAUCAUCUCACGCAAGACACAACUAGCUGGAUUCUUUGAGAUUCUGGAACUCUCUGCCUGCUUUUAUAUUUCUACCUCCCUAUGA